UAAAGGUAAUUUAUCUCUCUUCUUGCGACAAACCUAGAAGAACUUCAUCUCUUCUUCAUCUUCUUCAUCAAAUACAACUAAAAACCCAGCAACCUUUGAACAAAUCUGAAAUCUCUCAUAUACCUGUAACUCAAACUUUCAUCUUUGAAACCAAAUCGCAGAUUCCAAAUCUCUCAUCUAAAGAGCAAAAGAAAACGGCGGUUAGUUUGGAGGAAAACAGAAUGGAAAGAACGGAAAGAGAAGAAGAAAAGGGAGGAGGUGGUUGACAGAUCUAUCUACAAUAAAUAAAUUCUACGAAAACUCCCUCUAAAACCUUAAACAUCUCUCUCUCGGAAUUGGAUCUAUCUCUUUCCAACAACUCGUAUUCUCACGCCGCCGCCCUUGUUCUAGGUUCCCAGAAUUGCAGCAACAUCAGCAGCAAGUAAUAAUUGUUUUGUUUCUGAUUUCACGAAGAUAAACUUCAUUUUUUGUGAAAGCAAGUUCUCUGAAUUGAAUUGUUAUUGUACAAAGGAUGGGUUUUUGAGAAAGUUUCAAAAUCUAUGAUUUUGACCCAUUAGUUUGUUUGUGAUUUUUAAUUAGGAUUUUGAUUUGUGAGUAAGGAAUGGUUUUUACGUUUGGAUCUGGUAAGAAGAAAGCUCUUUCAUUUUUUAUUUUAUUUUUAAUUAUUAAAAUACAUUGUGGCAUUUCUAUUUAUUUUAAAUUACAAAAAUAUAUAGUUGGCAAAUUUUUAAAUUAGGUGGCAUGACACAUAGGAUUGACUGGGUCAAAAUUGAGGUUUUGCAGAAGGGGCUAAACAUAAGGGGUCACUUUUGCCAUUUUUUUUAAUAGGGGGUCAAAAUUGCAACUUUUGCAAACUUAGGGGGCAAAAAGUGCGUUUUAGCCUUUAAAAAAACUUAAGAGAUGUUUGUGUCUAAUAUAAAACUAGAGUGAGUGUUUAUGUUAUUUAAAGAGGACUCAGGGGAGGUCUGGUUUUUUUUAACUUAAAAAAACUUGGAAUUUAGAGCAUCUCUGUCUUCGAAAACUAAAAAUUUAGAUUUUUUUUUUUAAUACAAAAUAACACAUGAAUUUGUGGAUUUUGUGCGAGUUGGAUUUUGGAGGAGAGGGAAGGACAUGACAUGACAUGUAGUGCGUUAGUUUUCUCCUCUUUGAGGGGUUUGGGGCGCCCCUUGUUCAUCUGACAUCUUUCAACUUGACAACUUGAUAUGUUGAUAACGUCCAUAGUGCACAAUUUUCCUUGAAACAUAACUCCUUACUCAUCGCUCUUUCUGGUUAAUGGUGCUAAAAACAAGGAUCGUUAGUUUCGUACCUCAUUGUCCAGUUCUACUAAGCAUUAGACUGAGAAAGAAUCAGAUGGUCCUCGUUGGGUUGCAAUAACACUCGCCUAAUCUUCCAUGGGGGGGAGGGGGGAACAUGCCUAACCUAUGAUUGUCUAUCAGUCGACUUUGGCUAACAAGAUAAUUAUUUUAUGUGUAAACAAAUACAAGUCAGAUUACUUAUUUAAAUACUUUUAUAUGAAAAGAAAUUCAUUUAAGUAGACUAACAUAUCAUACUAGACUUUAUAAUAGGUUAAACUCAAACAAAAACAUAAGCAUAUGAUAGACUAACAACUUCUAGCCUAGGCUAGUUUAUUCCCACUCUUUGUGUUAUUUGGCAUAAGUUUAUCAUUUUAAAAUGCAGUGAAUAACAAAAUAUUCACCCCUUAAAAAAAGAAUAUAUGGUUGAAACAAGUGAAUAGAGUUGAGGUGGUUGGUAUUGUAACAAUAAACAAAUGAAUGAAUGAAUAAAUAAACAUGAUGGUAAUAUGGUAGGUGUGGGGAUUCGUUGACCAAACUGAUCUUCUUGCAUAUAGCCUGAUCAUUUUGGUUUUGUUGAAUUAAUUGAUAUCAUGGCAGAGGUUGUUGUUCGUCGGGCAUUUCUUUCCCCCGUCAUUCAAUUGAUUUGUGAGAGAUUAGCUUCAACAGAUUUCAGUGACUACCUCCAUGAAAAGCUUGUGAAAAAACUUGAAAUCACAUUGGUUUCUAUCAAUCAAGUGCUGGAUGACGCAGAGACAAAGAAGUACGAGAAUCAAAACGUGAAGAAUUGGGUUGAUGAUGCGAGUAAUGAGGUAUACGAAUUAGAUCAACUAUUGGACAUCAUUGCUAGUGACGCUGCAAAACAAAAGGGAAAGAUACAACGCUUUCUUUCAGGUUCUAUCAAUCGAUUUGAAUCUAGGAUUAAAGUAUUGCUCAAGAGGCUAGAGUUUCUUGCAGAUCAAAAGAAUAUAUUGGGACUUCACGAAUUAAGUCGUUAUUAUUAUGAAGAUGGAGCCAGCAGAUUUUCAACUGCAUCUUUGGUGGCUGAAUCUGUGAUAUAUGGUAGAGAGCAUGAGAAAGAAGAAAUAAUUGAAUUUUUACUUUCAGACAGUCACGGUUACAACCGGGUAUCCAUAAUCAGUAUAGUGGGUCUGGACGGGAUAGGUAAGACAACCCUUGCGCAGCUUGUUUACAAUGACCACAUGACGAGGGAUCAAUUUGAAGUUAUAGGAUGGAUCCAUGUUUCAGAAUCUUUUAAUUAUCGUCAUCUCAUCAAAUCAGUUCUCAAGUCAAUUUCUUUAUCAACAUUAUAUGAUGACGACAAGGAAAUACUUAAACGUCAAUUGCAACAGCGGCUAGCAGGGAAGAAAUAUUUGCUUGUUCUAGAUGAUGUAUGGAUCAAACAUUGCAAUAUGCUGGAGCGGUUACUACUUAUUUUUAACCAGGAACCUUCUCGAGGGAGGAUGAUAGUGACAACACAUGAUAAAGAAGUUGCAUCAGUCAUGAGAUACACCCAGAUACUUCAUUUAAGGCAAUUGGAGGAGAGUGACUCUUGGAGUUUAUUUGUAAGACAUGCUUUUGAAGGCAGGAAUAUGUUUGAAUAUCCAAAUCUUGAAUCGAUUGGUAUGAAAAUAGUAGAAAAAUGUGGGGGGUCGCCUUUAGCUCUGAAAACAUUGGGGAUUCUCUUGCAAAGAAGAUUCUCUGAAAAUGAAUGGGUUAAGAUAUUAGAGACUGAUUUGUGGCGUUUACCUGAGAGUGACAGCAACAUUUAUUCCGUUCUAAGAAUGAGUUACCUUAACCUCCCUUCCAAUCUGAAGCAUUGUUUUGCUUAUUGUUCUAUAUUUCCCAAGGGUUAUGAGUUUGAAAAGGAUGGAUUAAUCAAACUUUGGAUGGCAGAAGGUUUGAUAAAGGGAAUAGCCAAAGAUGAAGAAGAGUUGGGUAAUAAAUUCUUCAAUGAUCUAGUGUCAAUGUCGUUUUUCCAACAAUCAGCAAUUAUGCCAUUCUGGGCUGGUAAGUACAAUUUCAUCAUGCAUGAUCUUGUCCAUGAUUUAGCGACAUCAAUGUCAGGAGAAUUCUGCUUACGAAUAGAGGGUGUGAAAGUGCAAGAUAUCCCUCAAAGGACACGUCACAUUUGGUGCUGCCUUGAUUUGGAAGAUGGUGAUAGAAAACUAAAGCAGAUUCAUAACAUUAAAGGAGUACGGAGUCUGAUGGUAGAAGCACAAGGCUAUGGUGAUAAACGCUUUAAGAUAUCCACCAAUGUGCAGUAUAAUUUGUAUUCAAGAGUACAAUAUUUACGGAAGUUAUCUUUCAAUGGUUGCAAUCUCUCAGAGCUAGCUGAUGAGAUAAGAAACUUAAAGCUUCUGCGCUAUCUAGACCUUUCUUACACCGAGAUUACAAGCUUACCUAAUUCCAUUUGUAUGUUGUAUAAUUUGCAUACGCUCUUACUGGAAGAAUGUUUUAAACUACUUGAGCUCCCGCCAAAUUUUUGCAAACUCAUCAAUUUACGUCAUCUUAAUUUGAAAGGCACCCAUAUUAAGAAGAUGCCAAAGGAGAUGAGAGGGUUAAUCAACCUUGAGAUGCUGACUGAUUUUAUUGUGGGAGAGCAGCGUGGAUUUGAUAUUAAGCAGUUGGCAGAACUCAACCACCUUAGAGGAAGACUUCGAAUUUCAGGGUUGAAAAAUGUGGCUGAUCCAGCAGAUGCUAUGGCAGCAAAUUUGAAAGAUAAGAAACAUUUAGAAGAAUUAAGUUUGUCGUACGAUGAAUGGAGAGAAAUAGAUGACUCAGAAACUGAAGCACAUGUCUCUAUCUUGGAGGCUCUUCAACCAAAUAGUAACCUCGUGAGGCUCACCAUCAAUGACUACAGAGGUAGUAGCUUUCCAAAUUGGCUUGGGGAUCAUCAUUUGUUGGGAUGUAAACUCUGUUCCAAGUUGCCACAAAUUAAGCAGUUCCCAUCUCUCAAGAAGCUUUCCAUUUCAGGCUGUCAUGGAAUAGGUAUCAUUGGUUCAGAGUUUUGCCGCUAUAAUUCAUCAAAUUUUACAUUUAGAUCCCUUGAAACUUUGCGGUUUGAGAAUAUGUCUGAAUGGAAAGAUUGGUUAUGUAUUGAAGGUUUCCCUUUGCUGAAAGAGCUUUCAAUAAGAUACUGUCCCAAGUUGAAAAGGAAACUGCCUCAACAUCUUCCUUGCUUGCAAAAAUUGGAGAUAAUUGAUUGCCAAGAUUUGGAGGCUUCAAUUCCCAUUGCUUAUAAUAUCAUUCAGCUAGAACUAAAGAGAUGUGAUGGCAUUUUGAUAAAUAAAUUGUCAUCCAACUUGAAAAAGGUCAUCCUUUGUGGAACUCAGAUCAUUGAAUCCGCCCUAGAGAAAAUUCUAUUUAACAGUACCUUUCUUGAAGAAUUGGAAGUUGAAGACUUCUUUGGUCAAAAUCUAGAAUGGUCCUCUUUGGAUAUGCGUAGCUGUAAUUCUCUUCGCACUUUAACCAUAACAAGUUGGCACUCUUCCUCCUUGCCUUUUGCACUACACUUGUUCACCAAUCUUAAUUCUCUCGUGUUGUACGAUUGUCCAUUGCUGGAAUCAUUUUUCGGGAGGCAGUUGCCUUCCAACCUAGGCAGCCUCCGAAUAGAAAGAUGCCCUAAUUUGAUGGCUUCAAUAGAGGAGUGGGGUUUGUUCCAACUCAAAUCUCUGAAACAAUUCAGUCUUAGUGAUGAUUUUGAAAUCUUCGAGUCCUUUCCAGAGGAGAGUAUGCUGCCAUCAAGUAUUAACUCUCUUGAUUUGAAAAAUUGUUCCUGCCUAAGAAAAAUAAACUGCAAGGGUCUUCUCCACCUCACUUCACUUGAAUCUCUAUAUAUUGAAGAUUGCCCUUGUCUUGAGAGCUUGCCAGAGGAGGGUCUACCUAUCUCUCUUUCUACUUUGUCAAUUCAUGACUGUCCAUUACUUAAGCAGUUGUACCAAAAGGAGCAAGGAGAGCGUUGGCAUACAAUUUGUCACAUCCCUAACGUGACAAUUUCCUGAUUGGCGGCUGAGAUGUUAUUGUAGCCAGUGCACUGUGUUUGUGAUAUAUGUUUCAAUGGUGUUUCUGACUGCUUACAUGUGACCUGAAACCAUGCUCUCUUGUUGCGAUCCAUUCUCAUUCGUGACCAAACGAAUGGCAUGACCACUGCUCUCACACACAACCAAAAGUAUGUUGCUGUUUAUUUUACUUCCACAAAGCUCAUGCAUGGUCUAAUUGUAGGCUCCGCAUUUGGAUGUGUCGACGCUGCGACUUGUUGUGCAUGAUGUUCCCAGAAAACAUGAGACUUGAAAAAAGAGGCGUGAGAAUUACUUGUGUCUACCAAUUAUAAGAUUGAUAAAUGCUGGUCCUGCUGGUGAGAUUCUCCCAGCCGUUUCAUCAUCAAGGGCGAGGAGAGAAUGUAGCUGAAGAUUAGAAGUAAUUACAACAGCAUCUUCUGUCUUCACAGACAAGUUUUCGAAAUUGACAUCUUUGAGUUUGCAACUUUGGUUGGAUUAAUCUGUAAAGGAAAAUGCAAUUUCCCUGCUUUAGUUGUCAAAUGAUAGCUCAUUUGGUCCAAUACAUCUUUCUUUUCAUGAAUUCCUGUAUUUUUCAGAUUUAUAGUUUCAUAUGGGAAAAAUGGAGAUCAAUAAUGUGAACCACCUUUUCACAUUUCAUUUAUUUAACAAAUUUGGUCCAGGUUACAGUUAUA